UUCAGACUUCUCCUCACUCUACUCUUGAUAGGCGGUCAGCCAGUGUCAGCUUCCAUCGCCUCGCUUCUUCUAUCCUGACUUCUGAUUGGUUACCAUUGCCGGCCUUGCUUCUCAUCUCGACUUGUGAGUGGGCGUUGCCGUUGUCUGUCAUUGCCUAGGGCGGGGAGUGGCCGGUCUCCGGAGGGUUUUGGUGGCCGCCGUGCAAGCGGGGGAAGAGUGUGUGAAGAGCGGUUACGGAUUUUUUUUGGUUGUAGCGUUUAUCCUCUGAGUCCGAAGCUCUCCGAGGGAGAGGGACGCGUCCUACGCACGUAAAACGGUUGAUAACAGAGAGCAGCUCAACUGGGCAUCAGUUGGCAAGGGUGCAGGCCUAGAAAAUGGCGGAUCUUGGACAAAACUUUAGCCUUCAGGAUGCCCUGACAGAUGGGCCGGCUGAGAUUGAGUCAGAAGUCAAGCAGGAUUUUAUAACCUCCUUGGAGAAUGAGAAAUUUGAAGAUGAAGUUGGCGAGACGUGCGACAAGUCCAGCUAUGUUCCCCUGUUGGACGACGAUGAUGUAAAGGAACCAAAGAACAAAUCAGAACGUUCUGCUGCACCUCAUGACUCCAUUAUGGCGAAUGGGGAGCACAACCUUGGAGAAAAUGAAGUCACAGAUCCAUUUGGGUCAAACCACGAUGAGAAACUCUUGUCAGAUCUACCUCCCUUUGAUACGACAAACCGACCUGCCUUUACGGAGCACUUUGAAGCCGAAAGAAUGGUUCCCGCACUUAACCCAUUUGAGGACGGCUGGAUAACCGAUUCCAACUCAAAAACAGGAGCAGAAGGAACAGAUACACCCAGUGAAGAUACCUCUGAAAUAACCACCGGGGACACGCCAAGUGACGGCUCAGUCCGGGCUCCGCUUACAUUGACGCAGAGUGACAACCUGGCUGGAAUCUGGCAGCCAACUGCUGAAGAACAGCUGGCACUGAGUCCACAUCACCCAGCAGAGCCCUUCAGGAGUUCCGAGGAAGCAACGUUACUUUUACCAGAAGGUCAGGCUUCUUUUGACGCAUAUUUACAAGAGGGAAGCAGGGACCUCGAACCACACAAUCAAGAAAAGUUGGAAUGUGGAGGAGCCUCUGAACUAAUCUCAUGUGUCACAUUUGAUGCUCCUCUGGAGCCCUAUGCUGAAUCAUUCUAUGGAAAUGAAUCUCCUUAUGAGCCAGAGGAGCACGCAAAGGAAUCCGAUACUGCGGAACCUACUGAUAGCCCAGUGAAUGAGGACAGUCCAGAAUACCUCUCUGUGGUUGCACAGAAUGCUACGUUGGUGGAACAAGUAGAUGAAGCUGCAUUGUUACUUGCAGAAGGCCAAUUAAAUGAAGUGGAGCAGUCUUCAAUAGUUGAAGACACUGAUAACAAACCGGUUGUUGAAGAAGGGGAAAGAGAAGGAUUUACAGCUAAUGAAGAGCUUCUAGAGUCGGAGGAAGCAGAACAUGAAACUGGUGAAAUCCCAUCUGAAAAACUAGACCUUGUUUUAGAAGAAUGCAAAUCUGAUACCUUGACUCCCCAAGGUGUUGAAACCCCUUCUGAGCAAGAACUAAUUCUAGAAGAGGAACAGCAAAACUCCCAGCCACUCCUUCCAUGUGAAGAUUUUCUGCCUGGCAAAACUGAACACGUGGACUUGCUGCAGUGCAAAACUGAAGAAGAUUUGGUAUCUCCUGAAACUAAAGACGAGGAUUUGUUGCCUCUAAAAACUGAAGCUGUGGUUUUGACUCCUCCCACAACUGAAACUGAGGUUUUGAUUUCUCCUGCAAGUGAAGCUGAGGUUUUGAUCUCUCCUGCAAGUGAAGCUGAGGUUUUGAUUUCUCCCGUAAGUGAAGCUGUGGUUUUGACUCCUCCCACAACUGAAGCUGAGGUUUUGAUUUCUCCCGCAAGUGAAGCUGAUAUUUUGACUCCUCCCACAACUGAAGCUGAGGUUUUGAUUUCUCCCGCAAACGAAGCUGAGGUUUUGAUUUCUCCCGCAAGUGAAGCUGAGAUUUUGAUUUCUCCCGCAAGCGAAGCUGAGGUUUUGAUUUCUCCCGCAAACGAAGUUGAGGUUUUCACGCCUUCCACAACUGAUCGUUUGGAUGAAAACAGAACAGAAAACAUAUUUGUUUGUGAAGACAUCCCACCCCAAAAAGCAGCUCUUCAUUUUGGAGAGGCACCUUUAGAGCAAACACCCUCUGUUUCUGAAGGAAGUCCCGUUGAAGCACCAUCUUUUGCAGAAACUGCAUCUGAGAAAAACGACGAUGAGCAUAAAGCAGCGUCUCUUGUCGAACCUCCCCAAGACAUUCAAGCAUCCUUAAAGCGAGGUUACAAAACAAGUGACCGCAGGUUUGGCAGAACAAAAUCUACAGUGGUUCCUGUUUCAGGUUUCAUCACUGAACCACAAUUAGGUAGGCAGUGUGCUGAAAGCAGGGGCAUGUUGGCCUCUAGAGCCAAAGAUUUGCAUAAAAAAGCUCAGGACCUGAUGGAGAACAGACAAGAAGCCUCCAGAGAUGGUGGGGAUAUUGACGGUGCUCAGGCAAUGAUGAAGAAGAAAAAGAAAAAACCCAGACAAAAGAAGAACACCCAAGCUAAAGUAUCUGACUUUUUUGUGGAGGAUGAUGUCGAUUUUAAUAUCAGAGAUCAGACUGAGCUCCAAGUCUCAGGGUCUGAACCACCGGGGCAGCAAAAGAUUGUGAGGAGAAAGCACUUUAUCAAAGAAGUAGAACAUAACCAGGACCCCCUAAUGCUGGCAACAACUCAGCCAUGCUUACCCACAAGGGAAGCUAUAGAAAAGGCUGCAGAAGAAGAGACCAGCCUACCCAUGCAGUGUUUCCCAAACACAAAACCAGACGCUACUGUGGAAAAUGUUGAUCCCUACACUGUUGCAGAAUCUGAAUAUAUGGCUCUAGGUGCAGCACUGAAAGAUAAAACUCCUUUGGACAACUGGGGAAAGAUUGUAUAUGAACCAGAAAAAUCAUUAGACCACGUGGAGGCUAAUGUUGCAUUGGCUGACAAAGUCCUUGCUAAAUGCCCAUAUUUAAAACAUGUCCUUAAAGAGGUCCAGCAGCCUGAUCAUCCAGAGAUGGAUAACUCUAGUACUUAUCCCUCUGCAGACUUGCCUUUACUGCCAAAAGACACUAUUCCAGAGGUAGAUUUGGCAAAAUCACACCUGGAAGCUGCUGACUUACUUUGUGAUACAAAAAAAGUAGAUGGAAACCUGAAUGAUAACUGGAAUUCAGGGGUUGCUGAAAAUUUCAAACCAGUGUUUUUCACACCAGAGACAGGAGGGUCUAAACCUAGCAGCGUUUGGGAAAAGAAGCAAACUAGUAGAAAAGAUAAGCCCUCAGCUGAGCAGUCUUUUAUCACUACUGAUGCCAAAGAACCCCCCAAAAGCACUAAGCAAGAAACUGUAACUGCUGUUGAUAAUAUGACCGAGCAAGACCAAAGGAACAAUAACACUGAUAGCACGCAGGCUAAACAAUCCGAUAGUUCUGAAGGUCAGGCUGUUAAAUCUGAGUCCAACAGUCAGGGUUUAGGAGUUCAGGUUUUGCCUGAAGAGGUUCCAAAAUCAAAUUUUGAAUGUUUGAAUUUUCUUCCUGAAUGUAAUAACAAUAAACCCCUAGGUCAGGGCUUAGACACCGACUUUGAUAUAAUACCUCGUCCCUUAGCCUCAGGAAAAUGGGAUAAGCCAAAGAGAGAAAAUGAGAGAAGGAAAAGAAGCUCCCGUCCCUUUGCAGAAUCUGUAGCAAAUGCAGAACUGGCAGCACCAGAAUCAAAAGAUUCCACUGUGGCUGUGGAUAACACUUCUUCUCAAAGUCCUUCACAUAAAGAAACACUCUUUGAGCCAAUCUGUAACAUUGAGAAGGAGACUAUUGCACUUGAACAGCCUUCUCCUCUUACAUUUGAAGUUGGAGACAACAAAUGCUUUGGGGAGGACAGCUUACUGUUUCAACGUCAAAUAAAGAACAAAAGAGGAAAACCCAAAAUGAAGGCAGAAAUGAAAACCAGUGAAGGCACCGAUGGUGGUCAGCAACCAUUCUCUGAGCCUGCUGCUGUGUUUGAAGGAGAUGGAAUAAGGAAACCUAAAGAAACAGUUUCCCCGGUCACUAGAAGCGAACGAGGCUCUUUAAAGCGCACACACGGAGCAGAGAAGACAAAAAGUUCAGUGUUACCUGAGAUGGUUGGAAACCGGCAGAAACCUGAAGCUGGGAUCAUUCCAGGCAAUGUCAUAGAUUCCCCUGCAGAUUGUUUAGUAACUCCCCCUAAGGAAAUAAUGGGUAUCACUGACCCUGCUAUAAAGCAAAAGGAACAUGAUACACGGCUUGCAGAGUCCUUAAACAUUAAAGCUGAUUUAGUUACCACGUUUCCAAAGGACCAGAACGUAGACCAUAAAUGUAAGCUAGAUAUAUGUAAAGAUUCCGAUUUGCCAAAACAUCUCAAUGAUGAUAUUUUAAUACUUACAGCUGCCUCAGCUGAUAUCACCAUCAAAGACGAAGUAGCACCAGAACUUAAAAAUAAAUCAGAUCCCCAGAAAGCCUUAGUUGACAAGCCUGGCAAGAUAGACUCUUUGGUGACUCGUUCUUUAGAAAUUAUAGACUUGAAGGAUGAGACACCAAAGCUAAGCCAAGAAAAAACAGUCCAGGGCCCCAGUGAAACUGACCACCUUGUUGAGAUGCCAGAUGAGCAAUUAAAGACAUGUAAGCUAAAGGAACAAAAUAAUGCUGAAGUCCUAAAAAGUGAAAAUUUGUCUAAAUCAGAGGAAUCCGAAAGCAGGACUGUCAACUUGCCUGGAACCAACUCCUCUGCAGUCGACGACAAAAGUGUUGCAACAAGUUUGUCAGAUUUUCUCCCUGAAGCAUCUCUUGAAACUGCUGUGGGGAUGCUUGAAGGUUCCAUUGCUGCUCCAGUCUCUAGCGAAAAAGCUACUGUUGAAGAGAAAGUUAAGCAUUGGGAUCUGUCCAGUGUGGGCCAGCCUGUGGAAAAGGAGCAGAUUUUGAAAGCCUCUAUGCAACUACCUACAGACAACAUAAUAGAACCGCAGGAGCCAGAUCAGUCACUUGUUGCUGGUUUAGAGGAAGGCCACUCUCAAACAGAUAGCCAAAAGCUUCUGAACCAAUCAGCAGGUACUCCAGAACCUUCUCAUUUAGGUGAAAUUAGCAAGGAUGUUUCUAAAAUCAAAACUGAAGCUGCACCCGUAACCGUUAAGAAAGAAAAAACACCGCCGCCCUCUGAGAAACUGCAAAAAAAAAUCUCCAGCAAAUCCGAUGAAAAAGCAAAGGCUCCCGAACCGUUAAAAGGUUACAUGAGGCCCACAAAAUCCAGAGGAAUCUCACCUGAGAAGCCAAGGCAUCUGAAGGACACGCAUUUAAUUCAGCACAGGCAAGAUAAAGCAAAAUCAGAAACGCCAGAAGUUGCUGCAGCUGCAACAGAAGAUGAGAAGACUUGCCCACCAAACAAAGAGCUCCCACCAAGCCCAGAGAAGAAAGCCAAGACUUCAGCUCCAACACCAUCCAAGACUCCAUUGAGCAAAAGCAAACUCACAGGGGCAGCUGCUGCCCCCAGUCCCAGGAAAGCUGUUUCCGCUACACCUACCCCGAAAAAGCCUGCUAGCCCUGCUCCAGCUUCAGCCACAACACCAAAACGCCCCCUGAGCAGUGCUGGCAGGGUCACCAGUGCAACACCCAAAGACACCAAGCCCAAGACUCUUGAUUUGAAAAGCCCCGUGAAAAGCCCAGACAAGAAGCCAGCAGCUCUAAAGCAAACGCCAACAUCCGCUACUCCUAGAGCCUCUGUGAAGGCCAGUCCUGCAGCCUCUAAAGCUACAGCAGCACCCACCGCAGGCAGCACAGCACCCAAAGCUGCAGUUACCCCCAAACGGCCAACAGCCCUCAAGAACGAUGUCAAACCCGCAGAAGUCAAGAAAAUCCCCAGUACCAAAUCCCCCACAGAAGCAAGUCGUCCAAAAUCGGUUCCAGCUGACUUGUCUAAGGCCAAUGGACAGUCUCCUGCUAGCCCAGCAGCAGCGCCCACUCGGCCCAGGACUACCAAGCCUGCCCUUUCCAAAACCACCUUGGCUUCCAGUACAGCCACGGAGGCAAAGAAGUUGCCAUCUGCCAGAACAGCUUCCCUGGCCAAACCUAGCACUGCUCCCCUGAGUAAACCUUCUACUGCCCCCCUCAGCAAAACCACUGCAGCUCCUAAGCAGCCCCGGCCAGCGACUGUUCCCGACCUGAAGAACAUCCGCUCAAAGAUUGGUUCCACAGAUAAUAUGAAGCACCAACCAGGGGGAGGCAAGGUAGAGAAAAAGCCUGUGCCAAGCAGCACAGCCAGGAAACCCGCUCCCCCUGCCGUCCCUAAAUCAGCCACUACUACUAAAUCCACAGAUACAAAAGAGGCUGCCCAAAAGCAGAGCAAUGGGAAAGUGAGUGUCCAGAUAGUCUCCAAAAGGGUGAACUACAGCCACGUUCAGUCCAAGUGUGGCUCUAAGGACAAUAUUAAGCAUGUCCCUGGUGGUGGCAAUGUUACAAAUGCUGCAAAGCCAGCAGCUGCGGGUACCCGCCCACAAGCAUCCGGUGCCCACAAACCUGGCAGUGCCAACGUUAACAUCCUCAGCAAGAAGGUCGACGUGUCAAAAGUUCCUUCCAAAUGUGGCUCAAAGCCCACUAUCAAACACAAACCAGGUGCCGGGGAGACAAAUGCUGGCAAUUCCAAAAAGCAGGACACGGCAAAGGUGCCCCAGGAGGAGAGUGCAAAGGUAGACGAAAGCCAAAAUAUUGGGGAACAGGCUCUUCCUUCCCAGAAUGGAGACGUAGCUACUCCCACAGAAGCCCCAACGCAGGAAGCGCAGGAGAAUGGACUGGGGGAGAGAAGCCCAGCAGAGGGCGCUAAUCAAAGGGAAAGCUUCAACGCUCUAAUACCAGAGACAAGCAUCUAACGAUGAAUUUGUGGUGUCCUCAUCCAUUUCCCACAUUGUCCAAUCUCAUCCCCAUCAAACUCUUGUCAUGUUUUCCCCUCCCGCUUGUUUUCAACCCACCUCCGAAAUCCGCCACACACUGUUUUACUGCAGAUUGAAACACGGCCGUGGGGGGUGAUGUCCCGCGAGGCCGCCGGCGCAAGAUGGACCACGGAGACGACAUCUCCAUCCGAAACCCAUGUCCUCCAGCCUGUCAGGCAGCACUUAAACCUCCCCACAUAUCCCAUCCUGUGUGGCUUAGCACCUCCGACUGCGCGGGCCUGUGCCACCCGAUGCCUCCUCGCCGCCGCCGAAGCUGCCUGUCGCUUCCAUAACGUCCUCUCAAGGCUGUAACUGCUGCUUCCCUCCCCGGCAAGGCUUGUGCUCCCAUUGACAUUCUUUCUGCACUUUGUAACAGCCGGCCAAGCCUAGUCUUCUUAACUCUGUGUCUGGCUUAGAUAGAUAGGGUGUGAUGUUUCUAUGUAUUUUAGCUGCUAGUAUGUUUUAGCUAGCCCCUUAUGGUUGGAUUUGGCCCACUCUCUAUACACCGUUCUACACUAACUAUAUUGUUCUAUAUCAUAAUACAUUGCCUGGGGACUGGGAUUCAACCCAUUUAAUGAAUUUAUGGAAAUUCCUAUAAACUCCACAUUGCUGCUCCACAAAGGUGGCUGACCCACGUGGGAAUUGGGAGCGGUUCUAGCCGGGGGAUAUGAGUUGGCAGCCCCUCUAUAACAAGCCAGAGCCAUGGUUAAGAAGCUAGUCCUGAUCGUGUGGUUUCCAUAGCUCCGUGACACCAUCCCCAUUGCAAUCUCGCCUUUCUAGUGUUGUUAUUUAAUAUUAAUAAUAAUAAUAAUAAUAAAUGUUAAGUAUAUGAAUAUAUAUAUAUAAAUAUGCCACCCGUGCACACACGUAGGCCGUCGUGCCCGUAGAGCUCAGACCUGUUGUUGUUGUGCUAGUGGGAAAUGGUCUGUGCCUACCAUUGCGCCGCCGACGGUUCCCCGUAUCUGUUCUUCCCGUAGCGCUGGGCGUUGGCCGCUCGCCCGGUCUCCGCUUCUAAUCAACAUAUCGAGCUUCGUGACCAUGUUUUUGUUCUUUUUCUUUUUUUUUUUAUAUCCUGUAGGGUGCAUUAAUUUAAUUGGAUGAUAUUGGAAGAGGGGAGGAGGAUGUUGUCUGCAAUGGAACAAAGAAUCUCCAUUGCGGCGGAUUUGUGGGUCUGCGUAUGUGGGUUUCUCCGAAAGGGAUCAGGAUCCCCAGACAAUGGGGGGUGGGAUCAUUUUUUAAUAUUAUUGGUCAGGGCCAUUUACAUCCAAUCCCUGACGUGGAAAGGAGACGGUUUUAAAUGUAUGUUUUCUGCUCAGAAACUCUCAAUGUGACUUGAGGAAGUGUUAAUGGCGAAUACUGAAGGUUAAACGGUUAAAUAAACGUGUUCUAUUUCUUUUUUUUUUUCUAUGAUUGUGGUUUGAACUAACCUUUUUACGUGCUGUGACAGACACUAAACCGGUAGUGUGUACAUACGUCGGCUACUCUGACAAACCAAUCACAAGAAGCAUUUAGGUGGAGAGUGAAGGCAGUGGCUCUAUUGGGUGGGGAGGGCGGAGCCAGCGGAGAGAGAAUGUGGGGGGGCCCCUAUAACUGCGGUGUGGGGGGCGGUUACCUGCUGCCCCGCAGUCUGUACCAUCGAACAGCUCUUAUUGCACUUGUAUUUUUUUAUAUAUUAAAAAGUUUGCAUGAUUUCUAAUAAAAUGUCAUUAAAAUGUAA